ACUAACUCUUCUUCUGCCUUGGCUUCCUCUGAAUUUUGCCUUGAAUCAGGCGUUUCAGCUCUUGCUUCUACUACUACUCGAUUCACCUUCAAACCUAGAUUGUCCACUAUUCCAAGUGAAGAUUCGAAGUUCGAGACCCUCGAUAGCUUGGAAAUGGAUGAUAAGAUAAUCCGCUCUCACUUGCUCAAGUCUACUGGCGAUGCUUCUGUUGCUCGAAGAAGCUAUGCACCUGAUUUUCACUCCGAUGAUCCUGAAGAUAAAUCAGUCGCUGCAGUGGCUCUGCGUCCACCUAUUUAUCCAGUUUCGAUCACGGCUCCUGUGGCCCCUCGUUUAUUCAACUCACAUUCUAGAAUUUCUCGUUCUGCGUUACCAUCAGGUAUGCCUGAUGUUGGACAAUCCAGGCAUCCUCACAGUCACACUGCCCCACUGCCCUUAUUUAGAUCUCCUCUCUCGACUCACAAAUCUACAUUGGCGAUGACUCGGUUAGUAGCUGAUGAUAAAGACACUAAUACUACAAAUAUAUCCUUCUCAUCAGGCUUGCUACAUCCUCACUUUUGUCAGAUUCAUAAUUAUAGCCACUCUCAGUUUCAUCAAGGUUACUUUCAUCAGUAUUAUCGUCAUCAUAGUCAGCAGCAAUUGCAUCAAUCUUUCCAAAACCAUCCACUUCUUUUUUCAAGUGGUGCCCGUCGAGGUUCUUCGCCUCUGCAAUUAACUCGUGUUGGAGGAAUCGUCCCAAGACAUAUGAAAUCCAUUCGAGAGUUGAAACAAGUAACUGUGGACACUUCAACACCAUUGUUGACCGAAGAUACUUCUGAUGUGGUUUGCGAUCUUGGAAAUAAUUCUUUACAAACCUUUGAUAGUGCGAGUAAUAAACAUAUCAUCACCCAGGAUGCCGAUAUAAAAUUUGGCUCAGAAAUCUUCCGACUUGGUCCAGGUUCCUUGAUUACUCGUGCGGCUUCGACUGAGGGCAGCUUGAAACCUCAAUCUUCGGAUUACUUCGUCCGUGUUCAUUGUUGUCCACAGCCUUACGUCAGUCUUGCUCAUCUAGGCGACGGCCAUGAUUCCCUUUCACGGGUAUCUUUGGACUAUAAUAAGGAGCCGAGGGAAAAUUUCGAGAAUGCACGGACUACCUUUAGUGAAGACACCUGUCUUCUCACUCAGGCUAUCGCAUCGGUAGAAGCAUCACUUGACCUGCCCAUCAUUCGCGACACCUUGGUUGCUAAUACAAGUGAGUUGCUUCGUUUUAUACUGUUUAAUUCUGAUACUAAACUCUCGCAAUCCAGCAAUUUUUAA